AUGUCGGCGCCAGAUACAAAAGCGUCGACGCUGCCUCAAAAACGCCCAUCCACCCCCCGGCUCCCUCUCACGCACCCAUACCGGUACGUACAGGCCCAUCCAUCCAUCUAUCCAUCCAUCUAUCCAUCCAUACACACCAACCCUCUCCCCCACGCUUCCUCAACAUCGACGUCAGUGGCACCAUUUCCGCCCUACGCGCCGCGCCUGUUUCGGACCCGACCGACCAUCCCACGCCGUCCCAGGCCUUUGCCAGCGCGUUGCACUCCCUGCCCUGAACACCAACCUUAA